GGCGGGGGCAUUUGGAGAGGCGUUGCCGCAUUCUGCCCUCACAACCCAGAUUACAUGCAGCGUACUGUCACACGAUCUUACUUCAUAUCGCUUGCCUCUCGAUCGUAUUACCACCUUGUUACGAAAAAUCACCUAAGAAAAAGAAUAAAUAUGGCUAACUACAUUCACGUACCCGAAGAGGCUCCGGCUGUGCCCAAAAUAGACGUGACAGUUGAGGAGAGAGACUACAGAACCGGCGCGUUGAAACUGGUCAAGGAGCUGAGACCAACCUGGAAAGCCUCCGAGGUCAAAAUAAAGUUCUUCACCGACGGCAUCACCAAUAAGCUCCUGGGCUGCUACGUGGGUGCGGUCAUGCAGGACGUUGUGCUGGUUCGAAUCUACGGGAACAAGACGGAGCUGCUGAUUGACCGCGAGAACGAGGUGAAGAGCUUCCGAGUGCUGCACGCGCACCGCUGCGCCCCUCGCCUCUACUGCACCUUCAACAACGGCCUGUGCUACGAGUUUCUUCAAGGCGUCGCCCUUGAGCCGGAGCACAUCCGCAGCCUGCCUGUAUUCAGACUCAUUGCCAGACAGCUUGCCAAGUAUCACGCCAUCCAUGCUCACAAUGGCUGGGUGCCCCAGUCAGAUUUGUGGCUGAAGAUGGGCAAGUACUUCUCGCUCAUCCCCAAGUACUUCGCCGACCCCAAGAAGAAUGCGAGGUUGACCGCGGAGGUGCCCAGCCCGCAUUGCCUGCGAGAAGAGCUGCUGUGGCUGCAGCAGAGCUUGUCAGUUCUCGGCUCACCCGUGGUCCUGUGCCACAACGACCUGCUGUGCAAAAACAUCAUCUACAACCAGCGGGCCGGGAACGUAAAGUUCAUUGACUACGAGUACGCUGGCUACAAUUACCAAGCCUUCGACAUUGGGAAUCAUUUCAAUGAGUUUGCUGGUUUAAACGAAGUGGAUUACAGCCACUACCCAGUGCGCCCCUUUCAGCUGCAGUGGCUCCGCUCGUACCUGGAAGCCUACAAGGAGCACAAAGGCCUGAACAACGAGGUGACGGACAGAGAAGUGGAGACUCUUUACGUACAAGUCAACCGAUUUGCCCUGGCAUCACAUUUCUUCUGGGCUCUCUGGGCUCUGAUCCAGGCAAAAUUCUCCACCAUUGACUUUGACUUCUUGGAAUAUGCAGUGCUGCGCUUCAACCAGUAUUUCAAGAUGAAACCCGAGGUGGCCGUGUUGAGCCUACCAGAGUAGGAGCCCCACCCUUCCCCUCCAACCGCUUUUUUUUUCGUCCUCCCGCUCUUCCUCUGGCCCCCAUUCCCUUGCUCAGUGCCUCUCUUAUAACAAGCGUAAAACGCCCUCUAGGGGCGCAUGCUGGAAAGACUUUUUUCCAUUCCUUGCCUGGUGGCGGAGGUGUGGCGCGCUAUCGAUCCACCCGCAAAAGUUUGAAGCGCACGAACUGACUCAGUAACCCGCACCGAUGUGAAAUGGUCAUUUCUAUCUGCAUAUGGAAGGGUGCACUAGAAAAUGAAGAGGAGCCAAACACUAAUGGGUUAGCUUGGACGCGCCACAAAAUCACAACCGUGGAAGUGCUGCAAACCCCUGGCGGCUUUAUUUAUUUAUUUUUUUCCCUUUCUCAAAACCCUUAUUUUUGGGCCUGCAUAUCUGCGCGUGUCUGAUGUGCCAGAAUAGCCAUGUAGUAAUCCUCUCUUGGGGCGUGUGUGUGUGUAUGAAAAGUGUGUCAAGUGAGGGUCAAAACAGAGCUUGAGGGGGGGAGGCUUAAAUCUCCGGGCAAAGCAAAAAUGGCCGGUUUAGCAUUCCAAUGUUCAUCAUGCUAUUUUGGGUUUCUUCUGUUUGAAACGGGAGCACUCAAGACGAAAAGACCAAAACUUGCUUUUAAAUAUGUAGCAAUCGUUCAGUGGAGACUCCGAAAAGUGCAACGUCAACUGAAGUGCUGCUGGGGAGGGGGGGGGGGGGGUCAAAACAUACUGUUGAUGAAAACACAAAAAAUGGCUGCUAAUCGACACGGACCAACAGGCAAAGCGUUGAAAAGGAGGCCUUGGGAAGUACUCAAGAAUCAUCUCUCUGUUAGUUUUAACAAGCCAGCACCAAAGUUGCGCUUUAUCAGUUGUAAAUAAUGCACGCGAACACUUCUGAGAACACUUUCUGAGAUCUUCUGAAAAUUUGAUUAGGAUUUUUUUUUUUGUUGAAAUUUCUAAAUAAAAUAAUCAUUUACUGAUGUGAUCUAUAGUUUAUCUAAAAUUAUUUGGGUCUGCUCGUUCUUUCCGGGAGCUGUGAAGUAACGAUUUCAGCUUCUAAAGUUUAAGUAGGGGCUUCCCGAGGGGCUUAAACAUGACUACGCUACAUGUAAACUUUAAUUUGACUGGAUUGUUUUUCCUCUUCCACAGUUGAUAAAUGGGUACUUAAAUGUCAGUUUGCCAGUGUGCUUUUUUUAAAAAUCUACUUGAUUGAGAAAUAAGGUCCACCGUUUAUGCCAGUGAUUAGAGGGGUAGCAGAGCAGACUUAAAUGUGAAAUCACAAAUCCAUGCACAUGAGCUUUCCAAAUGAGAAAAUCUUGCAUAAAAGCCGACUGUUUACAUCCAGUAACUGUCACUUUUGGGGAACUACAGGCAAUGACAAGUUUCUUAGUUCUGUGAUGAUUUUUUUCCCCUCAUGCUUUCUGUGGCCAUUGUAGUAUAUUGUUUAUAAUGUACAGUAAAACACAUUUAAUAUCUGCUUCUAUUAAAUUUUCUUUUUUUUUAAGGUUAUUAAAUGUGAAUAGAAGUGAAAAAACUGACAUUAAAUACUGUAAGAAACUUAAAAAUAAAAUGUAUUUACUCUCA